AACAUUUUACUUUGCUCGCAAGCGUUUCAUUACAGAUCGGUGCUCUCCCCUGCCUCACAUCGACAGUAACAAAUUGUUGCUCGCUGGUUACACAGGGUCCCAGCGGACCUAAAGUCUGCUUGAGCUGAGUGCAUCUGGCACUGACAUUACCCCUGUGCCUGGGAGAGGCAGGGGGCACAAAGCCCUCGCUCAAGAACAGAACAGAGCAGUUCUUUUCCCAGAACAGGGAACCCGGGGAGGGUCGGCAGCCAGGGCAACAGGGAGUGUAAACACAUCGCCCGGGCCGUUCUCGGGCGGCACGUCCGCCUCUGCGCUUUUCUUUUACCGCCCUCCCCGAUCUUUUUAAUGUGAUACACCCAAAACCAGUCAGGAUGGAGAUUAACAGGGGGAGGGCAGUCAGAAAAGCGACCCCCGAGGGACGAUCUGAACAAGAAGGUGGAUUAAGAUCUCCUGACCGGGUGGCGAGGUCGGGUGAGGUGGCGAAGGCGGACCGGCAGCUGACACGCCAUCGCAGAGGCUCCAGAAGGGGACUGAGUGAAUACAAGAGAAACUUCAAAUGGAGAAGCCCCGAGUUUUGUAGCCCGUCCCAACAGCAGAAAUCCUUGUGGGCAGGACUUCGGUCGGAUCAGUUUGGAAUCACAAGAGAACCAAAAUUCAUUUCCAAGAGAAGGGUACCUUACCGUAAUCCACAGAUUUCGAAGUCCCUUGAAUGGCCAGCAGAUUGUGAUUUGAAUAACCAGCUGGAGACUGAAGCUGCAGAGUUGCACACAGACCACGAAAAUGAUAAUGGGAAUCAGGAAAAACUUGAAACACCAGAAGGACCCAGACUCCCCCCAAAAGUUCAGUCACAUGUGGUAGAUUCUGGUGGUGAAAUAGCUCUUGCCCUUGCAGAGAACAACAUGAAGAAAUCACCCUCAGAAGCUCCACCAAAUCAAAAUGAAGCAUUUUCAUCUCCAAAAAAGGAAUCAGAAAAAAUGGGUAAUGGGUUUCACAGAGCCCUUCAGAGGAAAGCAGAUAUAAAUAUCCCCAGAAAUUCUGAAUAUCAAAGCCAGUUUGUCUGGAAGAGUCCUAAUGAAAAGUCACCAAUACUUGCAGCUGAACAGCUGAUUUGCAACACAAAGAAAUCCAUACCUCCAGUUAAACCUCCUGCCAUUACUUCUGAAGCUGCAUAUGAGAGAAAUUCCAAGGGGUCUCCUCCUGUUAAGAGUCCACAAGAGAGAGAUGGUUCAGAAGAGAAAGAAUUUCUGAGUAAGAGGGAAGAACCGUUUCAAAAACCAGCAGAAGAUGCAACAAAACAAGGGAAAUCAGAACAGAAACAUCCUAAACAAAAUAAUAAGCAACAUAUCAGUCCAAAGCCCCUCACUUUACAUACAAGUCGUGGGAAGAUGAACACUGAAUAUAGGUCAAAAUUUUUGUCUCCAGCCCAGUAUUUCUACAAAGACGGAGUUUGGUCUCGUAUUAAGAGUAAAGCUCACAACCAGGCAUCUCAAAACACCCUAAAUUCCAUGUGGUAUAUGGAGGUGAGAGAGCUUCGAGAAAGAGCAAAGGCUUACAGGCAACGAGUAGAGGGAACACACUUCUCCAGAUACCAUUUCAAUCAGAUCCUGUCUGAUAAUAACAGUCUUUGGGAUGUGUCCUCAUCUUCCAGUUCAGAAGAAGGAAUCAGCAACAACAUCAGAGCACUAGAUCUUGCUGGUGUUUCUGAAAAAGAGACUGCAGCAAGCCCUGAAGUGCUACAGCAGCCUGACUCCAGAGAGCAAGCUCAUCAGGACAGCACAAAGAAAGACAUGUCAGAUGCUUUAACUGUUCCAGUCAAAAGACGUUUAGCUUGGGAUGAACCAGAAGGUACUGAAAAAAGGGAAGAUCAACAAUCAGCAGAAGAGAAAGAGGAAGAAAAGUCAGAUGAGCAGGCUGCAGUCAUGGACCAGCAAUUAGCAGAAAACAAUAAGGAUGCUAAAGAAGAUACAAAAACUGAAGGUGAGAAUGCCUUAGUAUUGAACACUUCUGCAGCUGUGUCAGAUUCUUCUGUAUCUUCAAGGAGAGGCAGCAAGCACCCUACUCUGAAGCUGAGAGCUCUUGCAGGAGCCCCAAGGACUCAUCAUAAUCACACUACCCCAGCUGUUGGAAGUACUGUUCUAGCGUCUGCUCCUAAGUUCAAGUCUUCAUCUUCACCUCAGAGAAGGCAAAACUCAGCAACAAACCCUGCAAAAAAAGAGUCCUUCCAGCCUGAUGUGAGAAUGGAAGCCACUUCACUCUUUAACUCUGCGCCUGCUGGGCUGGGAACUGUGGAUCCUCUGCCACUUAGGCAGGAUCAGUGGCCUCCUAACAGGGUUGCUGAUGAGCAAGUUCCUCUUGCUUCAGCCCAUCAAGAGCAGUCAAAGUCAGCAAAAAGCCACUCUGUGCCUUGCUGGAGUCUCUCUCAUCGUAUUCAAGGGACUCUUAAGGAUCCAGAAUUCCAGCAUAAUGGGAAUCUUGGCAAUCCAAAAGUGAGAACUUUCCAAUUGCCCCUUCGGGAAAGAAACCGUAAUGAUGAAGACGACAGGCUGUCUCAGAUUUCUGCUCGCUCGGCAGCGUCUAGUUCUCUUGCGUCUCAGAUCCUGGAACGAGCUCAGAAGAGGAAGGAUUUCUGGGGCAAGGCGUAGUCUCUCCUUCCUGUUGUACAGAAGCUAUUCAGUAAAAUGAUGUAUUUUGUAUAGCUUGUAGUGUACAUUUUAAAAUAUUGUGAUUGUAGGUUUCACACAGCAUCCUUUCACUUACCGUUGAUAUGGCUCCACUUUUAGGACUUGCCAUCCCAAUUGAAAAUUAAGUAUUUAAACUGAUGAUGUUGAAAAUUAAUGUUCUUUAUUUCUGAGAGUUAGGUCUUAAUUCACUCUGUUACAACAGCCUGUGAGGCUUUUUUUUACAGUGCCGUGCCACCUUUUGACACUGAGAUAAUUAUUUUUUUAUGGAACCUGUGUGUGACUUCUCAAGGUAUUUGCUGCAGUCAUGCAGUAUGACCUGGACCAGUAUUCAGGGGCAACACCAUUGUUCACCAGAUAUCUCAGUUGCUUUAUUUUAUCAAGUUAUCUUAAGGGCAGCUGUGGUAUAUGUGUUUAUGUUACUGUAUGAAUUGUCAGCAUAACACAGCACUGUAACAAAGAGUUACUUUUAUUACUUACCGCUUUUAACUUUUUACCAAAAAAUUCUAAUUUCUUAAUGACACUAACAUAGAGUGUCAUUAACUGUAGAACACACAGGAGUUUUAAGAGUGGAGCAUUAUGGUUUGUUCUUUGUCCACAGGUUUUUGGCCAGGAUGGCUGUCAGAGUUCAGUGUACAGUAUUGCAGUUUGUCAGCUAUACUAACAUGAAUGCUUGUCUUGUAGACUGAGAUCCAUGUUAAUUUCAGCUUCUCUAGAAAAAGCAAAUUCAGCCACCUUAACCAGUGGUGUUUCCCAGCUCCACUUCAAACUCAGGUAUUUAGGACUAGUGAUCUCUUUAAGUAAACUCAAAAGAAUGGUUUUUUCCUUGACUUUUAUAUUUUAAUUACCUCUUAUCUUAGUUUCCUGUUUUGGGGAGACUGAUUAUGAUUGUUACAUUAUGAUUGUUACAUGUUGCAUUAUGAUUGUUACAGUGAAAAGUGUCUGUGAUUUAUGCUGAUAGCUCAUUUUAUCUUUCCAAGUGAUGCAGACAAGAUAAAUGAAGCAGAGGAAAUAUGUGGCUAGCAAGCAGUUUAGUUCUCUGUGUGGCUUCAGGUUUUAAUACUACUUAAUUUGAAUAUUUUGUACAAGAACAAUUUGAAAUUUGUACACACUUGAUUGCAUUUUGAUUUUGUAUGUAAUUAUGUAUGCAUAUUACUGAAAAUAAAAACGGUUGUCUGCUUUGUUUCUUUUUAA